GAGCCGAGAAAACAGUGACGUGUCAUUUCUCAGCACAACUCAAGGUUCAGCUGUUUGUUUGUGGGUGUGGUCACGUGAUCCAGGUGAGUGGGCGUGGCUCAGGUGUAUAAAGAGCAGCAGCUCAGUCUGGACUCAUCACUGAGACACCUGAGGACAUCAUCACUGAGACACACCUGCCUCCAUCUCCUCCACACAGGAACACAUCAUCAUGGUCACCAUGACGACCGCCGCCUUCCUCUGCCUCCUCCUGGGCGCCGCCUUUGCAGCUCCUGCUGAAGAUAAAGACCUGAAGGUCGCCGAAACACCAGCCGAGGCCCCGACCAAUCAAUUGCCUGAUGCAGCAGUUCUCAUGAACUUCUGCCCGACUGGCUGGUUCAGUUACGGAUCUCGCUGCUUCCUGUUCGUCAACAGUUACAAGAACUGGUACAGUGCCGAGGAGCACUGCAGUACCCUGGGCGGCCAGCUGGCGUCAGUGCAGAAUGGCAGAGAGUACAUCUUCCUGCAGCAGCUGACACAGGGCCACCAGAGGACCAUGGCCUGGCUGGGAGGCUUCAACCUGCAGAACAAGUGGAUGUGGAUCGACCGUCAGGGUUUUUACUACACGACCUGGUUUAGUUCAUCCUCUAUCACCAACGCCGCCUGUACCUUCCUGCGCUCCACCUCUAAUGGUGGUAACACCAACUGCUAUUCUACUCAGAGCUUCAUCUGUGCCAAGAACCCGUUCGGUUGUUAA